AUGAGCAGAGACCCCGAGGAGGAGGAGAGGGUGCUCUCCGCCAAGUCGGACAGGGAGAAGGCCUAUAUGUACAAGAAGAGGUACACGGACACGUACGAGCACGCAGUGGCGCUGCUGAAGCACGCGGCGACGCUGGAGCGCGAGCGCGCGGACAAGCAGUCGGAUCUGGAGUAUCUGCGGUCCACCAUCAAGACGCAGACGCAGAUUAUCAACACGAUGAGCAAUAACCAGAAUGCGAACGAGCCGGCGGACUACCAGCAGGAAAAAAAGAUCCAGGCAUUGUGUCGUGAAGUGACGGGGUUGGUGAUGCAGCUGGGUGAGAAGGAUUCUCUGAUCAAUAGUCUGCACGAGGAACGAGAUCGAUCGGCCAGAGUGAUCAAUGAGCUGAAGAUGUCGCAGGGCUCCAACAGUAUGAGCGGAGGUAUGCGGCCCACGAGCGAGUUGCGCGAGCUGGAGCUGCAAUUGCAGACUGCGCUUCAAGAAAAGUUGCAAGCUCUGGAGCGAGAGGCGAAGGUGACGGCGCAAUUGAAGGAUCUGCAGCUGCUGUAUGAGAAGUGUGAGGCUGCGCGCUCGGCGUUGUCAGACGGGCUUGACCGAGUAGAGAAGCAGACGACAGCGCUGCAUGCCCAGUGGGUCCAGGAAAAGAAGGAGAUGCUAGCGUCUGUCGAGAAAGAUGACCAGAAGACGGCCAAGUUUGUAGCAGGGUGUGAGCAGUUGCGCAAGGACAACGAGACCCUGAAGGCUUCUCUUCGUCUGACAUCACAAAACGAGAAGAAGCACCUGGCAACGGUGGAGUCCCAAAGGAUAGCGGCCGAUAAGUCCCAAUCGACGAUUGCCCAACUGGAAGCGGAGCUGAACGAGUUACGCCCUAAGCUGAGCGUGUUACAAGAAAAAGAUGCGAGGAUAAGCACUCUAGGGAGCGAUUUGGCUGGAACGAGGGAAAAGCUUCGGCGGUGUUUGAUUCACGUGGACGAGCUGGAAGAACAGCUUGAGCAGCGAGCGGAGGAGGUGGAGGCAGCUAAGGCUCAAUUCCAGGAACGCACUGCCUUCUUGGAGCAAAGAGUUUUCAGCGCCGAAGCCGUUCGACGAAGCCUUCACAACAAGGUUAUGGAAUUGAAAGGAAACAUCCGCGUAUUCUGCCGCGUUAGACCAGUCCUUCGACACGAACUAGCAAGCUCAAGAAAAGAAGAGAUUUUCAGCUUUCCCGACUAUCAAGGCGAGCGACGGCAGAUCGAACUCAGUGCAAACCCGAAGUCGCACGUUGGUUACGGCCAGAAUGGGGCCAGGAGCGUCGUCAAGAAGUACAACUUUGACUUUGACCUGGUGUUUGAUAGCAAAUGCUCGCAAGAAGACGUCUUCCUAGAGGUGUCUGCAUUGAUUCAGUCUGCUCUGGACGGAUACAACGUGUGCAUUUUUGCGUACGGUCAAACUGGGUCUGGAAAAACGUACACGAUGCAAGGACGGGAAGAGGAUGCCGAUUCCGAGCUGAUGGAGCCGUCGCCCGACAUGGGAAUUGUCGGUCGGGCGAUCUCGCAUAUAUUUGCUGGCAUGGAGGAUUUGAGGUCUAGUGGUUGGGAUUUCAACGUCAGCCUGGAGCUAGUUGAGAUCUACAACGAAACCUUGCGUGAUCUUCUCGCACCUGCUGGGUCCACGGACAAAAUCGAUCUUCGACUGGACAGCGAAGGAAAAGUCGGUGUCGUUAAUUCGUGCAUUCACGAGAUUAAAAACGACCAAGAAGCAUGGAGUCUGCUCCGAGGGGCUAUGACAAGAAGAUCGACAAAAUCCACCAAGAUGAACGAUCGAUCCUCGCGCAGUCAUUGCGUUAUUUCAUUUAGGCUUAACGGGAUCAACUCUCUGACGGGUGAUCAGCGCACUGGGGUCAUCAACCUGGUUGAUCUGGCAGGGUCGGAACGAUUGUCAAAAUCGGGCAGUGACAGCAAUAAGGAACUGAUGAAAGAGGCUACAUCAAUCAACAAAAGCCUCUCGGCGCUUGGCAACGUGAUAUGUGCCCUUGCGAAAAAGUCUACGCACGUUCCGUUCCGCGACUCAAAGCUGACGCACUUUCUGAGUUCCUCGCUUGGCGGAGACAGCAAAACGCUAAUGAUCUGCAAUCUGUCUCCGCUGGGGGAGCACCGCGACGAGACGCUCAAUUCUUUACGGUUCGCCAAGAUGGUUAAUACCUGCGAGAUCACCUACGCUUCAACAGUAUCAAGCCGAUCAUAG